CGUCUGUAACGUAACGUCUCAUUCCCAUUCUCUCUCUCUCUCUCUACAAAGAUGCAACAGACAUCACACAACACUCUGCUAUGGACGGAGGAGAUCGAUGAAGAAGAAGAAGCAAUCGCGUGGCCACAAGAACACAACAGCAACAACAACAGUACUAUUAUUAAUCCAAUAUUAGAUAGCAUCGAUUUUGAUCAAAUGUCUGCUGCUGCUGCUUUCUCUAAUUUCAGAUCAUCAGCCUUACAAAACGACAACGAAGACGACGAAUGGUAUAUCAACAACAACAACAACCACCACGAAACCCUAAACCUCUCCGAAACAAACAACACUUACUUUGGUCAUCCAAAACCAAACAUUAAUCUUCAAUCGUUCCACGACACCACCGGAUUCGAUUUCCUCGAUCCCCAUUCUUUCCCCCCUGAGUUGGGUUCAAAUGAUCAACAGUUCGUGGCUGCUCCGGAUAUAAUAAGUUGGAAUGACCAGUUUCAGCUGUUGCAGGAGGAAAACAAGGGGGGGAUGGUUUAUCCCGCGAGUGAUCUGAACGAGGAUUCGUUGUUGUUCCUGAACAGGUGUAGUAAUAAGUUAGUGAUGAAGCCGCUUGAGAAUUUGGAUUCAAUUGCGGGUCAACCGACUCUGUUUCAGAAGAGAGCGGCGCUGAGGAAGAAUAAAGAAGAAACGAAGGAUGAUUCAGAUGGUCCAUUGGAGAGUAGUCAUGAGAUAGAAGGAAGUGGAGAUGAGAAAGUGAAGAAGGGGAAGAAGAAGAAGAAAGGGGUUCCAGCUAAAAACUUAAUGGCGGAAAGACGGAGGAGGAAGAAACUCAAUGAUAGGCUUUACAUGCUUAGAUCAGUCGUCCCAAAGAUCAGUAAGAUGGACAGGGCAUCAAUUCUAGGGGAUGCUGUUGAAUAUCUCAAGCAACUCCUACAAAAGAUCAAUAACCUCCACACUGAAUUGGAAUCGUCCCCGCCAGCUGGUUCCUCAUCGAGUUUUUAUCCAUUGACGCCUACAUAUCAUUCUCUUCCCAACCACAUCAAGGAAGAGCUCUGCUCCAAUUCCUUGGCCGACCCAAAUUCUCAACCCACAAGGGUUGAAGUAAGAGCAAGUGAAGGAAGGGCGGUAAACAUUCAUAUGUUAUGCAGGCGUAAACCGGGGCUCUUGCUCUCGACAAUGAGGACAUUAGAUAUACUUGGACUAGACGUGCAACAAGCUGUCAUAAGUUGCUUCAAUGGAUUUGCCAUGGAUAUUUUUCGGGCAGAGGUGCAACCUAGAGAAGGUCAAGAUAUUCAUCCAGAGCAAAUCAAAGCAAUGCUUAUGGAAUCAGCUGGAUUAUUGGUAUGAAUGAUUAGUCUUCUAUGUGUUCACUUCAUUAUAAGUAGUACUACUAAUUAGUAUGAAGAAUGUCAAACCUUUAAGCAAAUAUUUGUUAGGCUCAUUAGAUAUUGUAUGAGCUCAAUUGAUGUCAUCAACAAUUUGGGUUGAAUGCUUUAACAAGCCAAUGAUUUAGUUAAUUGCAAAUGAUUUGAUGUUUAACAA